AUGGUUUUCAGAUGUGAUGGAGAUAUUGUUGUCAAAGCCAUAAGAAACACAGUUGACUACACUGAAUACAUAAUGCUGCAGUAUCUGGAAAAACACAAGCCUACCAUAUCUGCUCCAAGGCCACUUGAGCUUCUUCACAUAAACAAUGUCUUCUUGAUAUUUAUGAGUUACAUUCCAGAACAAACAUUGGUGGAUGUCUGGCUGGAACUAGAUAUUGCUCAGAAAAGAUUGGUUCAGGAGCAACUGGGCCAAAUAUUAACUGAUCUAAGAUCCCUCCCACACCUGGAUAGGAUGCUGCUUGGUGGUGUUGGCAGUGAAGAUUGCAAAAAUGUGAGAAGCACUCUGUUCCAACAGAUUCAAUGCAUAUUUACACAUGGUGAUCUGCGGCCAGACAAUAUCACUAUCAAAGCUUGUGAUAAGGAAAUUCAAGUCACUGGCCUGCUAGACUGGGAAUAUAGCAGGUUCUAUCCUGAGUACUAUAAGUUGGUCAAGUAUACAAAUGGCCUUUCACUUUCUGAAGAUGAUGACUGGUGUUUGUUUAUGCUCAAAUGUAUUUUGCUGGAAUGCUAUGCUUGGUGGUGGUUGUUGGACAAUGUUUGA